AUGGAGCUGUUUUCUCUUUUGUUCGCUUUGAUCGCUCUUGUAGCCUUUUCUUCCGCUCAUCCGGCCGAGACUCACAGCAUACACUCCAGCCUUCAUCGCAAGCGAGCUUUAGAUGGCUACUUCGUUGUAGACCAGGCGGAGGGAGACGAGUUAGGCUGCAGCGACAAACAAAUCGACACGCUUUACACGGCUGUGAUUGAGGCUAAGACCUUGGCCCGAAGUGCUUCAGAUGCACUCGCAAAGCCAGCAUCGACGAGCUCUACGUCAUUCCUCAAGUGGCUUGGCAAGGAGAACGCCAACGAUGCCAUGAGAACAGCAAUUAAAUCCAACAACUACGACCCCGUCGCAAACGUACAGCCGCCACGGGAAAAGAACCGCAUCCACGACGCCAACAUGGCCGCGCUCAGCCCGCCGGGGCUCACCUUCGUGUGCAUCCCCUACGACUUCGCGCUCUGCGGGCCGGGGGCUGCUGCCAUCGCCUUCCAGACCGGAUCCAUCUCGGACAACACGGGUCCCCUAGUCACGUUAUGCCCUCCAUUUUUCAGCAGACCUACAUGGCAGAACAUGGUCGACGAUUGGCGGACGUCUGGGUGGGAUAAGACUGGAAAGGUUCUGCUCACGUCGGGAUUUACCUUACUACAUGAGCUGCAACACAUUCCUCAAAUUACCGGGGAUCAGAGAAGGUGUACCGACGUCGACAACUACGCCCCGGCACCAAAUGAUGUUACCAAGGCGUGCUAUCAUCCUUACUGCUGUGAACACAUUGAUGAUAAGGACAAGGUGCAAAACGCCCAGAAUAUGGCGUACUAUGCAUUAGAUACUGUUGUAAACCCUUGA